UGUUUUUGUUAUUUUCAAUGGAAUUUGAACAUGAGACUCAGUGUCAUGACUAAUCCGUAUGGGAUGUUUGUUUUUGUUGUUGUUGUCGACUCAGUGUCAACUAAUGAACUCACUUCAAUUGACAAUAUGGUAUAUAACCUGCUUCCCAACAUACAACAUUCACAACACUAACCAUGGCUGUCCAGUGUGUGCAGUGCUCUAAGACUAUAAGAAGAAAUCAGCAUGCCUUAGAGUGUGAUCAAUGUCAGUCAUGGACACACAGGACUUGUGGCACAGGGAUGACUCGUGACGGCUACCUAGACUUAUGUAGAAGUGGAGAAGAAUUUAAUUUCUUGUGUCAUUUAUGCAAGACAACUAUUCCCAACUUCAGUCUCCAGUUGGAUUCUUCAAUAGAUGCUCCAUCAGUUGCUUUCGAUGACACUCUUGAAGUUCAGGAAGUAUCAAUGGAGGAGGAUAUUCUUGCGGAGGAGCGGGAGGUGGAAGAUCCUCCAUACACGUUAGUAUCGGACGGCUCACAGAAAUCAAAACCCAAGCUGGUAGACAGGAAUGGAUUCACCUACGUAAUAAAGGAGGUCACUCAGAAUAAGAUUUACUACAGAUGUAGCAAACGUCCCUGUAAGGCAACUGUUGCCGAGACCAAAUCAACAGGAGACAGAGCGCCAGGCAAACAUAACCACAGCCACACAGCAGAGGCAGGCAAAAUUGUUUCAGUCCAACUUAGAGCUCAGGUGAGUAGUACUUUCUAUUGAUUGAUUCCUAAUUAGGAUUAGUUAAAUUGUCAAUUGAACAUCCUUAAUUGUUAAUUG